UACCAUUUGAAAGUGAGGUCACACUAGAAUGAGAGAUUGAUCUUACGACUAUCUAUCGGUUAUCAUUGUGGAAUAUCUAACUACUCAAGUGAAGCCGAUUUAUAGUGCUCUGUUCGUAAAACAGAGGAAAAACAGGGGAGUUUAAAAGGAAAAGUAGUUGGUGGGUGGGGUUAAGACUUAACACACAACGUUUUCGUUUAUUAUGGGAUGAGCCAGAAAAACACCAAAUGUUGUCAUUAACAGUGCGGUUGUGUUGCUUCACAAAUGGAUGCCAAUGAUGCCAGAAUCUUGCUGGGUUUUCCACCCAAUUCACAUCCAACUCCAUCCCAGGUCAAAUCAGCUUACAAAAAGAAAGUGUGGGAAUCUCACCCUGACCUAUUUCCAUCUCAUGAGAAGCCUCUUGCUGAGUCCAAGUUUAAACUGAUUUCUGAAGCUUACGCAUGUCUACUGCCCGGUGGCGGAGAAGCUUCAAGUUCAGUUGAAUAUUCAAGAGUUGUGAGAACCGGAGUUCCAAGGGCUCAAGGAGGAAGAAAAAAUCAUGCUAUGAUUAAAGUGCCAUUCAUUUUCCUUAUUCUCGGAACAGUCACGCUUGGAGGGUUUAAUGCUUCAAGGGCUUACAGAAGGCAAAAGGAGGCAUACCCUUCACACAAUCCAUUUCUUCCUUGAUGACCUUACAAGUUGGAAUGAAGCUCGUAACUUCAUAUUGUGCCUAAUUGCCAAUUGGUGAAUACUAUGUUGUAUAUUUUUUGUAUUUUUCAAAAGUCGAAAGAUCAAAUUUCACAUUUAAAAGUUAGAAGUAAUAAAAAACGAUUUUAUGUUAAAUCAGAAAACUUACUUUGUGAAGUUUUCAUAUGUACUGUGGGGUUAACGUUUGAUUUUAACUUUAUCCACAGUGAUUUGAUGUAUAAUAUAAUAUUGACACUAAUUAACAUUA